CCAGCAGCGGCAGAUGUUGGCAGCUGAUGGAUCCGCAGAAGUUGGACCGUGUUUGAAAGGCUGCUGCAGGGCUCCUGCUCCAGGACUGGAAGAGGAAACAGGACGCGGGUUGUCCCAAUGAAGAAGUCUAUCUUAUACCAAACAAAGUCUGUUUGAGAUUGGCACAAUCCUAACUUGUCAGAGACACUCCCCUCUCUUUCUUUUGGAUCUGUCCACACCCCAUGUUAAUUUUUUCCCAGUAUUUCUGUAAUUUGUUCAAAGUUUCUGAGGCUGCCAGCAGACUUGUCUUAUUAUUUUUAUCACUUCCCCAUCGCGACUCUUCAUCGAGGCUUCAGACUGUAACUCCUCAACAAUGGUUGCUGAAGCAGACACAGCGUCUCAAGGCAGCGGUGUGCGGCUGAAACAGGAGAUCUCACUCCUUCAUGGGGUUUGUCUCAUUGUGGGAAACAUGAUCGGAUCCGGCAUCUUUGUUUCACCUAAGGGGGUCCUGAAGUACACAGGCUCAUUUGGCCUGUCACUGAUAGUGUGGGCCAUCGGAGGAGUAUUUUCUGUUUUUGGGGCAUUAUGUUACGCAGAGCUUGGUACCACCAUCCGUAAAUCUGGAGCGUCCUAUGCUUACAUCCUAGAAGCAUUUGGAGGAUUCUUGGCUUUUAUACGACUGUGGACAUCGUUGUUGAUCGUAGAGCCAGCCUGUCAAGCAGUGAUCGCUUUGACAUUCUCCAACUACCUGGUCCAACCCUUCUACCCCACCUGUGUUGCCCCCUAUGACGCUGUUCGCCUCAUCGCUGCCGUCAUCAUAUGUCUGCUGACUUGUGUGAACUGUAUGAAAGUAAAAUGGGGGGCAAUUCUUCAGGUCAUCUCCACUGUAGCAAAAGUCCUGGCUCUCAUCGUCAUCAUCAUUGCUGGUCUGGCUAAGCUGGCACAAGGUUUUGACCAGAAUUUUGAGGACUCGUUCAAAGGUUCAAAACUGAACGCUGGUGACAUGGCCUUGGCCCUUUACUCAGCGCUCUACUCCUACUCUGGCUGGGACACGCUGAACUUCAUCACAGAGGAGAUCAAGAACCCAGAGAGGAAUCUCCCCUUGUCUAUUGCAAUUUCCAUGCCCAUCGUCACAGUGAUCUACAUUUUGACCAAUAUAGCUUACUACGUCGUCUUGGAUGCAGACAGGGUGCUGAGCAGUGAAGCUGUUGCCGUGACAUUUGCAGAUGAGGUGCUCAGCUGGGCCAGAUGGCUCAUUCCUCUGUCUGUGGCCAUAUCCUGCUACGGUGGCCUCAACUCAUCAAUCAUCGCUGCCUCCAGGUUGUUUUUUGUGGGUUCCAGAGAAGGCCACCUACCAAACGUCUUGUGUAUGAUCCACAUCACCCGUUACACUCCAAUUCCGGCGUUGCUUUUCAAUGGUGGCAUGUCCCUGUUCUACCUGUCCGUUCCUGAUGUUUUCCAGUUGAUCAACUACUUCAGUUUUAACUACUGGUUGUUCAUUGGCCUGUCAAUAGGCAGUCUUAUCUACCUUCGCUUCAAAGCCCCUGAUCUACAACGACCUGUUAAGCUGUCUUUAUUCUUCCCAGUGGUGUACUGUCUGUGCAGUAUAUUCCUGGUGGUGGUGCCCCUCUACAGUGACACCAUCAACUCUCUGGUGGGGAUCGCUGUGGCGCUGUCUGGAGCUCCAGUCUACUACAUCUGUCUCCACCUCCCACCUACUUCCAGACCAGCCUUUCUUGCCAAGAUUCUCCAGAAGAUCUCCCUGUUCACUCAGAAGUUGUGCCUUUGUUGUGUGGCCUCGCCUGACAUCGAUUUGGAUAAUAUAGACAUAGAAAAAAUGGAAUAGUGGAAAUGACAAAGGACUUGGUGUGAAGCACUGUUUGGGUGUAAAGAGGAAGGAAAAGCAGAAGAAGCAACGCCAUUCAGCACAGACAAUCAAGGAUUCAGUUUGUAAGAAAGUAGGACAGAGAAAGUUAAAAGAAGCUCACUAAAGCCCUCUUCACCUUUGCCUCCCUCUCGCGCCUCAUAAAUGGUCGGAGAAAAACGAAAGAAAAAAAAUGCUCUCAUACGUAACUGCCCAAAAAACAACACCCUACACAGACGAACGCAUGACACUUCACUGAUCUGCGAGUACACAAUGCAGUGUGGGUUUGGCAGAACCUUCUACACGUGCUACGUACACUUCAGCUCACACAUGCACAUAAGCUAACCAAAAGCCUUAGGGUGACACCGCAGCACACGGAAACAAACCUAAUCUAGAGGCAGUCGACUCAGCAAACACGUCCAAGGUACUCACGAGGCAGGAGGUCUUACAGAAAAAUGUGGAGUUGAGGCUGGGAUCAGAUCUGUAAAUGCCUUCUGUUUUCUUCUGGUGUGUUGCAGGUCACCAGUAUGAGUUACUGUACAUCCUGUGGUUGUGCUUCAGUUCAGAAUAGGUGUUUAUAGGUAGUAACUUUAAACCAUUGUGUGGUUCUCACUGUCACCAGUUUAAUAUGGACUUGAACAAACCUGUAACGUGUGCCAGUUUUGCACAUUACCAUUUCGUUUGUUUCUACCUUAGUUAUAGAAAAGCUUUAUUCAGAGGCCUGUCUCACAAAGCAGGUUCAGUAGAUCCAGGAUCUGUUUCCAUGAAACACCCCAGUUUAAAGGUGCGGGAGACUUUCGUGACCAAUUUUUCAUCAAAUCUGUCAAACCUCAGUCAUAUCCUCAGUAUCAUGAAUCUGUCAGUCUGUCUGUCAUAACU